UUGACGUCAUGCCAUAGAUCAUCACCACUACGGUAAAAUCAAGUUUACCGAAUUAGAAAGAUGAUAAUAUUGGGCGAAAAGAAGAGAAGUCAAAUAGAGUUGGUUUCCCAUCUGUGUAAACCCAUCUGUGACCCACAACUUGCCCCUUUCUUGACUUACACAACAAAAGCUAUCUCGAUCUCAACCACAGCCAAGUAAACCACACCAUGGGUCUCUUCUCUCGCCACGCCGAACCAGCUCACGAGCCGGCACCUCAGCCUCAACCUACCUAUGAAGAGCCGCCUAGGAGACACGGGCUCUUCGGAAGCAAGCACCACUCUCCCACUCACGCACCCACCAAUGCCACCCACAGCACGCGGAGCAGCACCACGACGUCUUCCCCCGACCGCAGUACCGGCGGCAUCUUCCGCCGGUCCACUGACGCCAGCCACAAUCCCAGCGGCCACCAGCGCGGCAGCGGCAACGGUCUGCUCCAUCGGACCUUCGGCAACGGCAACCGCGAGGAGAUGGAUCCCAGCAUCGUGCACGCCCGCGAGCGCGUCAUGGGCGCCGAAGCCGCCGAGAUGGAAGCCGACCGCGCCCUGAUCGCCGCUCGUGAGAGCGUCCGCGAGGCCCGCGAGCACGUCCGCAUGCUGGAGCUCGAGGCCAAGGAGGAGGCCCGUCGGGCCAAGAUCAAGGAGCACCAUGCCAAGGAGUUCUCUAAGAGAGGGAAGAUGCUGGGACGGCAUGACCAUUGAGUCGUCGGGGAUGUUAUUUGUUCCUUGCAGACACCUCUUCGUUGACUCUUCGGAUAUAUAUUCCGCCACGUUCACAUCACAUUUUGACUUAGUUUC